AUGGCAUCGCCAGGCCCUAACGCACAAGACAAUUGCAAUCCCCCAGCUGCACUGCCAACUGUUCCUGUGGGACAACGCAAGGAUCGCCGAGCCAGCAUCAUGAUAAAGGAAACAGAGCAGCUAUUAUGCGGACUUCACCAGGAUGCCGACCGCAGCGAGGCACUCAUGGCCGAGCUGGAAGCAUUGCUUGCCGCCGCGCAGCACGCUUCAGGCCAGCUGCAGGAAACCUCAGAGACCGACAUGGCGCCGAUGAAUAAUUCAGGGCAGGUGCUUCAAUUUGCUCCUGUUCAGCCGAUGCAGGUCGAAGACUCGGAGGACGACAACGACCUACCUGUCCCGGCAACCCGCACUCCAGUCGCCCAGUCCGCAUCAGAGAAACGGCGCUCCUCCGUCGUCACUUUCGAUGCCUCCAGCAUCACAAUCCCCGCCGGCGGCAUGCUCGGCGGCGCCGCCGCCGCCGCCUUUCCCUUCAGAACUCCACCCACUAGCCGCCGGACUCUCCAGGCCGCGAGAUCCUUCACGGAAUCCAAAUCCCCUGGUACACUGCGUCGUACAACCUUCACAGAUGUGGGCUCCAGAACCACGGCUGGGUCCCCAUCCCCAUCCCCAUCCCCAUCCCAACAUCAGCACCACCAACAGCAAAUGGGGGGUCCCUUAAGCCCGAUGGCGGUGGCGACGUCGUCAAUGUCGUCGUCGUCGGCGGCCGCGGCGGUUUCACCGCGUCGGCCGUCCAAUGUGGAAAUGGCUGAUUCAGCCACCCACGUGCAAUCUGUACGGCGCUCCAUUGGGACAUUGUUCGGCACUGGGACGUCAACCGCCCAGUUACCGUACAUUCAAGCGUGGGGGGGAGCUGCCGCGCGAGAGGAGUCUAUGGAUGGUGGCGGCAGCGGCGCCGACGGCGGCCUGGGUUCUGGAUUUGUGAGUAGCGGCGGCGGCGGCGGCGGCGGCGGCGGCGGCGGCGGCGGCGGCGGCGGGGGCAGUGUGAGUCAUGACGGGGGGUUAGCUCGAGGUCCAGCGACAUCAUCAUCUCAGGUUACCGGCAGUCGCAGCAGCAGUGGGUUCGCUAGCGGGAGGUUUCUGAAGAUCCUCCUGCGUGGGUUCUUCAACUCAAGCAGCACAUCUCCGGCAGAGACCGGCCCCACCGGGCCCAAAUCCUCACCGCCCUCUACAACUACAGCCACCUCUACUGCUACUGUUGCUGCUACCGCCACAGCGGUCACUCCGUUCCUCACAGCCACGAUGUCCAACGCUAUAGUGCCCACAAACACAGAUACGGUCACAACGGUAGCCGCCAGCGCCGCAUCGACCACAUUAUCAUCCGCCGCCGCCGUCGCUGUCACCGCCAGCAUCGCUUUGGAGUCGUCCCUCUACCACCACGGGGCUCUUAGCAGCAUGAAGGUCCGCGCUACAUCGAGGGGCCAGUUGACGACACGUCACGCUGGUGGCGGCGGCGGCGGCGGCGGCGGCGGUAUGCAUCGGUCCAGCACUGGAGCACCGUCGCCGGUGCUAGUGGCCCGGAGCGCCAGCGUCAGCUCCCCCACCGCCGCCGCGACCCUUAGCCCUCAUGCGCUGAUUCCGACACCGCCCGGCGGCGGCGGCGGCGGUGGCUGCAGCAGCGGCCCGGUGCCGUACCAACUGCGCCGUCAGACAUCUGGAUCCGGAUCUAUCACGCCGAUGGCGAUGAUGCAGUCGCCGUCACCCGCUGGCUGCGUGGCGUCGUCGUCAUGCCUCAGUCCGACGUCACCCAGCGCGUCGUUGUACGGCGCGAUGUCGCCGUCGCCGUCGCCAUCCUCGUCGGCGGUACCUGCGGAGAGCAAUCACCUUGUUUUGCACGUGUGGCUGGGUAGGGUGGUGGUGAUGGUGAUGGUGAUGGUGAUGGUGAUGGUGAUGGUGAUGGUGAUGGUGAUGGUGAUGGUGAUGGUGAUGGUGAUGGUGAUGGUGAUGGUGAUGGUGAUGGUGAUGGUGAUGGUGAUGGUGAUGGUGAUGGUGAUGGUGAUGGUGAUGGUGAUGGUGAUGGUGAUGGUGAUGGUGAUGGUGAUGCGUCUGGGGCAAGAUUUGUACGACAAGUACGGCUUGCCUGACAUGUGGUAG